AUGUCUGAAAAAUGCUUGUGGUUUUUGUUUCAGAUGCAGAGAGCGGUGCUACUGCUCUGUUGGCUGCCGCUCCUCAACCACUGCCACGCCGUUAAUCCAGGUUGCUCUUGCGUCGUCUACAGCAGCUCGGACAGACCUCAAGGUGGCACAUUCACAUCCCCUUAUUAUCCUAAACGAUAUCCAUCGAACAUCGAUUGCCUGCUUUAUACGUUUAUCGGUCAACCCGACGAAAUCGUCAAGCUGACGUUCCAUCACUUCAAUAUCCGACGUGUUCGACCCGACUGUGUGGGUGGUGACUUUGUAAAAGUGUUUCUACAUUUGGAGACCACCGGUGUUUCCGAGUACACCCCUUGGACCGGUGUACUUUGCGGGGAUCUGCGUGACAUCCCGCAGGUUCUCUACAGUUCAAGAUCUACGCUUAUUUUGGAGUUUCACACACAGGGACCUCCGUCUAAUGCGACUGGCUUUUUCGGCAAUUUUCACUUCAUCGAUAGACGAUUGUUCGAGACGGACGGUGUGCUCGUUUCUGGCACGAUGUGCGACCUCGAGUUUGUCAGUUCACAGUCAAAACGGCAAUACGGACGCUUCUACUCGCCACGGUACCCGUCCUCCUACCCAAAGAACAUCCGGUGCUCGUACCUCUUCCGGGCAAGAUUAAAGGAGAGGAUUCGUUUAUUUUUCGAGGAGAUUUCGCUGCAGAAGGGAGACCUUAGUUGCCUGAAUAGAGCGGAUUUAAUCAGGGUGCACGACGGCACGGACUCGGGGGCGCCCACAAUAGCCGUUCUCUGCAACCAAGGAGCGGAAGUGGAAGUGCUCAGCACAGGGUCAGACCUGUACGUCGAGUUCGUCGCUAAUUCCGAGUGGCCUGGCCAAGGUUUCAAGGCGAUGUUUCAAUUCCAACCGUUGGACGAUGCACCGCAUCCCGAGCUGGACAAGGUCGUCCCUGGGGCCGUUACCGGUAACCCUAAGUACUCGGUCAUCGGGCCGGCUGUCAGCGCUACCAGUAAGAAGGUAGAUGGUCAGCAUCCUAGCAGAGGUGGACCUGACACACUCGAACUGGAUAGUCAGCAUGCACCCAUCAGAGGUAGAUGCUGA